UUGAUGAUGACUUCAUUGGUCUCAGUGAGCUGCCAGAAACCUUCCCCUCAGACCCUCCGGAGCCACUGCCAGUGUUUUUGAUGGAACCUGAGGAGGCCUACAUAGUCAAGAACAAGCCAGUGAACCUGUACUGCAAGGCCACGCCCGCUACACAGAUCUACUUUAAGUGCAACAGCGAGUGGGUCCACCAAAAAGAGCACACUGUGGAGGAGAGGGUUGAUGAUAACUCUGGCCUGGUUGUGAGAGAGGCCCGCAUAGAGAUCACUCGACAGCAGGUGGAGGAGUUGUUUGGGCCUGAGGACUUCUGGUGUCAGUGUGUGGCUUGGAGCUCCGCUGGAACCACCAAAAGCCGUAAAGCCCACGUCCGCAUCGCCUACCUGAGGAAGACAUUUGAUCAGGAGCCUCUUGGGAAAGAAGUGUUACUGGAGCAGGAAGUGCUGCUGCAGUGUCGCCCACCUGAAGGCAUCCCACCUGCUGAGGUGGAGUGGUUGAAGAAUGAAGACAUUAUUGAUCCCGCAGAUGACAGAAACUUCUACAUCACCAUCGAUCACAACCUGAUAAUCAAACAGGCCCGCCUCUCCGACACAGCCAACUACACCUGCGUGGCUAAAAACAUCGUAGCCAAAAGGCGUAGCACCACGGCCACGGUUAUUGUCUACGUAAACGGGGGAUGGUCCACGUGGACAGAGUGGUCUGUGUGUAACAGCCGUUGUGGCCGUGGUUACCAGAAGCGCACCCGCAGCUGCACCAACCCAGCGCCGCUCAACGGCGGCGCCAUCUGUGAAGGUCAAGGCAUCCAGAAGCUGCCAUGUAAUCCUCUCUGCCCAGUGGAUGGCCUGUGGACAGAGUGGAGUAAGUGGUCCACCUGUGGGACAGAGUGCACCCACUGGAGGAGGAGAGAAUGCAACGCUCCGGCACCCAAAAACGGGGGGAAGGACUGUGAGGGCAUGGUGCUCCAGUCAAAGAACUGCACGGAUGGGCUGUGCAUGCAGAGUUCCUUGUUUCAGCAGUCCUCUGAGGCAAACAUCAAGAGUGAUUUUGGAAAUUCAUUGGCCCCCAGCACCGACGACGUCGCUCUCUAUGUGGGUAUUGUCAUAGCCGUGAUCAUGUGCCUGGUGAUCUCUGUCGUGGUGGCGCUCUUCGUCUACAGGAAGAACCACCGCGAGUUCAGCUCCGACAUUAUCGACUCCUCCGCCCUCAACGGAGGCUUCCAACCUGUCAGCAUCAAGACCGCCCGUAAAGCUGAUCUCCUAACAUCACCCCCUGAUCUAACCUCAGCAGCCGCCAUGUACCGCGGCCCAGUUUACGCUCUCCAUGACGUGGCCGACAAAAUCCCCAUGACCAACUCCCCCCUGCUGGACCCCCUCCCCAACCUGAAGAUUAAGGUGUACAACUCCUCGGGCUUAGUCACGCCCCAGGACGACCUGGGAGGAGAGCUUUCCUCAAAGCUGUCGCCCAAGCUGCCGCACUGCCUCCUGGACAACAGCAACGGCACGAUGGGGCGUCACGCGCAGACCCAGACUCUGCUUCGUACCAGGGACCCAUCCUGCACCGCUCUGGGCUCUUUCAGCUCCCAGGGGGGUCACCUCAUUGUGCCCAACUCAGGAGUCAGUCUACUGAUUCCAGCAGGAGCCAUUCCUCAAGGCAGAGUUUAUGAGAUGUAUGUGACCGUCCAGAGGAAGGACAAUUUGAGGCCUUCUGUGGACGAUGGUCAAACUGUGCUCAGCCCUGUGGUGAGCUGUGGGCCCCCCGGGACCCUGCUGACGCGGCCCGUCAUCAUCACCAUGCACCACUGUGCCGUGUGCGACGGCCAGCAGGACUGGCUGAUCCAGCUCAAGAGCCAGUCGCAGCAGAACCAGUGGGAGGACGUGGUGGUGGUAGGGGAGGAGAACUUCACCACACCGUGCUACAUCCAAAUGGAUGAGGAGGCCUGCCACGUACUGACGGAGACCCUGGGCACGUACUGCCUCGUGGGCCAGUCUCUCAGCGCCUCCACCAUCAAGCGCCUCAAAUUGGCCAUCUUCGGUCCCGUCACCUGCCCUGCCAUGGAGUAUCACAUCAGAGUCUACUGCCUGGACGACACGCAGGACGCGUUCAAGGAAGUUCUGCAGAUGGAGAAGCAGAUGGGUGGGAAACUGUUGGACGAACCAAAGACCCUUAACUUUAAAGACAGCACCCACAACCUGAGACUAUCCAUCCACGACGUGCCCCACGUGUUGUGGAAGAGCAAACUAGUAGCCAAGUACCAGGAGCUCCCCUUUCACCAAGUGUGGAGUGGGUCACAGAGGAACCUCCACUGCUGCUUUACUCUGGAGCGCUUCUCUGCCAGCACCGUGGACCUGAGCUGUAAGAUCUGUGUGCGCCAGGUGGAAGGAGAAGGACAGAUCUUCCAGCUUGAUACGACACUCUCAGAGGAUUCUCAGAGCAUCGACACGUCUCUGCUGGACCCCGCCAGUAACAUCACCACGCUGGUCGGGCCGAACGCCUUUCGGAUCCCCGUUUCCAUCCGACAGAAGCUAUGCGGCAGCCUGGAUGCCCCGCAGACCAGAGGCAAUGACUGGAGGAUGCUGGCCCAUAAACUCAACCUUGACAGGUAUCUGAACUACUUCGCCACCAAAUCCAGUCCCACGGGAGUGAUUCUAGAUCUGUGGGAGGCCCAGCAUUUUCCUGACGGCAACCUCAGUCGCCUCGCUCAGGUACUGGAAGAGAUGGGACGCCACGACAGCCUUGUUCCGGGUGUGACCGAGCACUGACCCCGCCCACCCCACGGCCCGCAGGAAGAAAGUCAUGCUAAAGGGAGGAACUCGGGAGGGACAAAACGCGGGAUGGUCACUUGGAUAUCCGCGAUAAAUUGCUCUCGCUCAAAACCCCAUAAAUGCUGCCUGAACGCGCACUCGCAGGAGGAAGGGUAACGCAACGAGCCAGGUCUCACUCAGCCAUGACCCAGUUAAACGUUGGCAACAAAGACUGCAAAAACACGGAGAGUAAACAAGAAUCUUUGCCAGUCACUUCUCUGGCUCUUCCUCCCUCUCUCUGGUACUUCGUUUUGAUAUUUCUGGCUCUAGUUUCCUUGGAAACAGCUGUCCGUUUCUUUGGAUGGACUGUGCGGAUGUGGAUGAUCCCCCCCACCCAUAGUACACAAGUGACACAUGAUGAGAGGUCAAUGGAUCAAAGGAGGAAGACUUGGAUCAGAGGCGCUCUCUGAAAUCAGUUUCCAUAGCAACUCCAUGGAGAAGUCAUGUGUUCCUUGAUGACUUAGUAUAUAAUAAUAUGCCUAUUUAUACAUCUCUUUUUAAAUUUUUGUUCUGCCUAUUAAUGAAUACAAAGUCCUCUCAUUUAGUUCUGUUUGACUGUGUCAUAGCACCACCUGGUGGAUAUCUGGUGCAAAAACAACUCAUCCUGUCAAACACGUCAGUCCAGAAGGAAACACUUUUUUUGUUUUAUUGUAUCUGCAUUUUAAUUAUGUUAUCCAUUAUUAUAGAUUUUGGGGUAUUGCUGCUUUAUUUUAUUGCCUGUUUUAAUAUGUUUUUCUGAGUUUUAUUGAAGCUAAUUCAGCUUGUUUUAUACAGUUUAGAGGGCUUACUUUUUUCACGAAUCUGUUAUCCGGUUAUUUAGAUGGAAAAACAUAAAAUAUUAAAUUUUAUAAUUUGCUAUUUACAAAACAGACCCCAAUUUAAAAAAAGAUGCCGUGAUAAAAAAGUAUAUUUUUGUAGAGCCAAUGCAACUGCAAAGAGCUGCUUUCUACCAAAUAAUUGACACCCGAGGUUAAAUUAAUUAAUGAAGUUAUUCAGUUAAAUUUUAGCUUUUGGAUAAAAGCUGAAACUUUGACUCAGACUUUGAUGUUUGUACAUCCAGUGACAGAAGCCAUCGAUGUGUGAUGAUAUCCAUCAUGUGUAUAAUAAUUGGUGACAGCUAUAAACGCGACAUUCCUUUAAUGAAGCAGCACUUGAAAGGCUUUUUUCUUUAAUGUUUGUUCCAGGUUUUUGUAACGCUGUCUAUGCAAACUUUGCAUCCUUUCAGAACAAUCUUUCCAUCCUCAGUGGUCUAGCCUUUGCAUUCCCUCGUCAUUCUUCAGCUUCAUAACUAUUAUUGUUGUGUAUAGUGAGAAUGUAGCCCGUCUAUUUCUGGCACUCACGUGCCUCGACACAGCUUGUGUUUCAUCUGUCGAGUUAUUGUACAAAAUGUAAGAAAGAAUUUUUAAGGACUGAUAAUAAAUUAUAUUUAUAUGCAACAAUAAAAAAAAAAGUUGGAGCACGCCUGUUUGAAUUGUGCAAAUGUAACACUACGUUUGUUUCACUGGGGAAUGUUAUCUAAAAUGAUUUAAAACACA